AUGGCAGAGCGUGCCCGCCGAGACGAGGCGGUGCGUGUGGUGUCCGAGAAGACUGCGCCAUGGGUCGUCUCAUACGCCCCGCGGCGAAAUCCGCUCGGCUGCGGCGACGUUAUGGUCUGGCGGCGGCAGGCCCCCGCAACUAUUGCGAGCACUGCGUCAAGUAGGUGCGGGAAAAGCAGGGGACCGCUGCACCUGAGACCGUCCGCAAAGGCUGCCCAAGCCCGUGGAAAGAAAGAAAGGAAAGGGCCCCGCAACAGAGGGAAAGGCGCCAGCAGGAGAGGCUCGCGACACGGAGAGGCCAACGAACUGAAGCGCUUUGCCGGCCGCCCGCAGGCGCCUUCCUUCGUUCUCGGCACGCCCUGCCGCUGUUUGUGGGCGCUAGAGCUGGUAGCCAUUGCCCGCAAACCGAUAGGGCGACCGGGGCGCGGCGCCGGUGGAUGGGGUGCGCGCCUAGCUUCCGC